CGCCGGUCAGGAGCCGGUCCGCGCGCGUCCCCGAUCCCUGCGGCGUGGAGAGGGUGCGGCCGGGCAGCGCCGCCUCGCGGGUCUCGUCGCCUCCCCCGGCCACCCAUGGAUGCUCCUGCGCGGGCGAUGCGCCGCCGCCGCCUCCUCCUUCUCCUCCUCCUCCUCCCGCUGGCCGCCCUCAGUGGCGCAAGGAGGGUCCACCUGCCCCUGGGGCCCUGGUACCGUGUGGAAGGCACCACCCUCACCAUCCCCUGCAACGUCUCUGGGUACGAAGGCCCUUCUCUGCAGCAGUUUGAGUGGUUUCUGUAUCGCCCGUCGGCGCCCGACAUCUCCAUCGGCCUGGUCAGCACGCAAGAGCCCACCUUCCCUUAUGCCAUCUUUGGGCCCCGGGUGCAGGCCGGCAACAUCUCCAUCCUGCGCGUUCGGGGCGAUGCUGUGGAGCUGCGCGUGAGGGCGGUCCGGAUGGAGGAUGCAGGGGUCUAUGAGUGCUACACGCCUACCACGGAUUCCAGAUACCAGGGCACCUAUAGUGCCAAGGUGGAGGUCAGAGUUAUCCCAGACCGGCUCUCUGUCUCUGCUGCCUCUCCCUCCAGCGCAAAGCCCCCUCUCCAGGGCCGGGGGGCCACAGCAGCUUCCCCUCCCCAGAUGGUGCUUCUGGAGAGCCAGGACCUCCUGCUCACGUGCUCAGUGGCCAGUGGGACUUGGCAGCACACCCACCUCUCGGCCUCCUUUGCCUUCUCUGCACCCGGCAGCCUGCCGCUUCUGCAAGAGGUGAUCGGGCUGCGGCGGGACUUCGCUCUGGAAGUGGCCGGACGCUUCGCCCCACGGCACUCGGGCCGCGAGCUCUCGCUGGUCAAGCUGGGCGACCAGCAGUACCAGAUGGCGCUGGGCCGGCUCAGGCCAGAGGACUCCGGGACAUAUCACUGUGCCGCAGGGGAGUGGAUCCAGGAUCCGGACGGCAGCUGGCAGCAGAUUGCCGAAAAGCGGGUAGUGCUGGCUCAUGUCCGGGUCCAAAGCGUAGCGAGUCAGCUGUCGGUGUCUGCGAGCCCCCCCAGACUCCUCCUCACCUCUGGAGAAGCCCUGGAGCUUUUCUGCAACAUCUCUGGAGCCCCCCUCCUCCUCCUGCCCCACGCUGCCUUUGCAGUUAGCUGGGAGCUGAGGAAUGAUGCGGCCAGGGAAGGGCGUCUUGUUGCCAGGCUGGAGGCCAGCGGAGGGCUUGUCCUGGGUGAGAACUACGCCAACCACAACGUGGGCACCAGGCACAUAUCUCUGCAGAAGCUGGCCUCCCCCCUGGGCACUUACCUGCUGCGGAUAGAGUCGGCCCAGCCGGCGGACGUGGGUCUGUAUCGCUGCGGGGUCCAGGCCUUUGCGCGUUCUCCAGGCGUAGAGCUACAUCAACUGGCCACUGUGAGCUCAGAGGCGGUCAGCGUGGAGAUCAAGUCCGAAGCAGUGGCGCUGGAGGCCACGGCGUGGCUGCCCUCCCCCACCCUCUACCGUGGGGGCACGGCCGACGUCCGAUGCAACGUCUCGGUGGAAUCGGCUCAGAAGGUCCACCUGGCACUCGGCUGGUGGGCAGAGCGGCCGCAGCAGGGCUCCCCCCCACUUGGUGCCAUCUUGGCCACCGUGGACCGUGAGGGGGUGGCCCAGCUGCAGCAGCGGCCCUCUGGCAGGGCCAUGAGCGUGGACAAAGUGGGGCCGCGGAGCCACCGGCUGCGUCUCCAUGAGGUCCAGCUGUCCGACGAGGGGGGCUACUACUGUACCGUGACGGCUUGGGUGCGCUCGCCUGACCACAGCUGGUAUCAGGCCGCUUCGGCAAAGUCCAACGUGGUCACCAUGUAUCCGUACACGCUGCCCAUCGACACCCUCAUCGUCCCUCUGGCCGUCGGCAUCUCCAGCGCUCUCCUGCUGGGGGUCUCCAUCCUCGUCUCGGUCACCUGCUGCUUCAUGGCGAGGCUGCGCAAGAGGUGAAAGUGGGCCGGGCGGAUGGAGGUGAGCUGAAAC